CAUACACUUACACACAUACACACACACACUAACCUAGCAGAGAAAACGCUAAUCUAUCCUUUCACAAGUCGACCACCUAUCCCGGUCAGUUUAACGACUGAAGCAGCCGCUCCACUGCGCUUUCAUGUCUCGCUUGUUCCCGGCGCUGUCACCCGCUGUCAGCUGCACCGUCCCCUGCGACACCGCCAGGUAAACACCGGCCAGCCCCAUGACGACCCCACCGCUGUCCCCUUCACACAUGGAGGUCAGUUGACAAACUACACAGGACACAGGAGCCGCGUGGACCAGAGGCAUCAUGGAUCUCGCAGCGCCUGCUCCAGUGGUAGCUCUCCUCCACUGACAUCCUCCUCCCCAUCUCUUCCUCUUCCUUUCCCUUUCUCAUUUGCCCCUCUUCCUCUACACCCCCAUCCCUUACUGCCUGUCGUCUGUGACCCAGAGUGACUACUCCGCCCCUCCUACAUCAUGGCAGGGGAGAAAGGGCCGAUUAAACGGAGCGCCAUGGACAUCAAGCGCCUGGCGAGCCUCAUCCAGAGAGGAACAGGCCGCUUGCUGGUGAUUGACAGCAGGACGUUUUCUGAGUAUAAUGCGUCACACGUGCAAGGUGCGGUCAACGUUUGCUGCUCCAAGCUGGUGAAGAGGCGACUGCAGCAGGACAAGGUGUCUGUCACUGAGCUGCUACAGCCCAAUGGCAAGGUGAAGGUAGAGCUGGGCAGGAAGCAGGAAGUGGUGGUUUACGACCAGAGUUCCAAAGAGGCGGGUCAUCUGUCCAAAGACGGCUUCGUACACAUUCUCAUGGGAAAGCUGGAGGGCACCUUUCACAAAGUCUCCCUGCUCACUGGAGGCUUUGCUGCUUUCUCCUCCUGUUUCCCCGGCUUGUGUGAAGGGAAGCCGGCCACUGCUCUACCUAUGAGCUUGUCCCAGCCCUGCUUGCCUGUGGCUAAUGUAGGGCCCACUCGCAUCCUGCCACACCUCUACCUGGGCUCACAGAAAGAUGUCCUCAACAAGGAUCUGAUGGCACAGAAUGGUAUCACCUAUGUGCUGAAUGCUAGCAACACCUGCCCCAAGCCAGAUUUUAUCAGCGAGAGCCAAUUCAUGCGCAUCCCAGUUAAUGACAACUACUGCGAGAAAUUGCUUCCCUGGCUGGACAAAACUAAUGAAUUUAUUGACAAAGCUAAGGUGUCAAACUGCAGAGUCAUUGUGCACUGCCUGGCUGGAAUCUCACGUUCAGCAACGAUUGCCAUUGCAUACAUCAUGAAGACAAUGGGCUUGUCAUCAGAUGAUGCCUACAGGUUUGUAAAGGACCGAAGACCGUCCAUAUCCCCCAACUUCAACUUCUUGGGUCAGCUGCUGGAAUUUGAGAAAGGCCUGCAAUUACUCCAAGCUCUAACUUCAAGCUCUGAUGAGAAGAUCUCUGUAGGCAACACUAAACAAAAUUCAGAGGUUAAUGGGGUUAACACAGGUUUCGAGAUAAAUGGUCACCACAGCAACUAUGACCCAUCUGUGGCAGAGCCACAGAUCCCACCAGAACCCAAGCUUCCGUCACCCACCUCCCUCCAGCAAGGCUUCAAUGGCUUGCACCUCUCAGCAGAGAGGAUCAUGGACACUAACCGGCUCAAACGCUCCUUCUCUCUGGACAUUAAGUCUGUGUACUCCCCUAAUAGUCCCCACUGCCUCAGCAUGGCACCAACACACUCUGAAGACGUCCCCAAGCUGUGCAAACUUGACAGCCCAGGAACAGGCACCUCUAAUGGUGUCUGCUCCCAGUCUCCCGUCCUAGACAGUCCUAGCUCCUCCGAUUCCCCAUUCCCUUCACCAGGCAGCGGGGGCAGCAUCGGUGGUUUGGGGUUUGGAGGAAGUGAAGGAGUCCAUCGGUCUGGUUCUUCCUCUUCCAGACCCAGAAGAAAACCGAAGCACAGCUCUGGCAGUUCCCCAGUCCACUCCCAACCACACCACCCUCCACAGUCCCUCAGCUUAUCGCUGGACCAUAAGAGUCCCAGCCUGGACGAGAACAUAAAGGGCUCCCUGCUCCUGUCACUACCCUCUCUGCCCACUGUGGGGUCUGGGGCCAUGUGGACCAAACACAGAGACACUGUCCAGGCCACCACUCCUGUCACUCCUGUCACCCCCACCACAGAUGCCCCCUGGCACUUCGGGGCAGAGGAGGGCGGUGAGGGUGGGAUGGAGCUGGGGGGAGGAGGGGUCGGAGGGGGAGAGAAGUCGUCGGUGAGGUUUGGGAGCAGCUCGGCGUAUGUGGCGUUUGGGUGCAGCGAGGGUGUGCGGUUACGAGACAAAUCUCAGAAGGAGAAGCCCUCAGCGCCACAGACACAGAGAGACCACCGGGACUCCAAAUCAUCGUCCACAGUUACCAUGUCCAACAGUGCAAACAGCAGUGUUUCUGCAUCAGAGAAGCAGUUCAAGCGGCGCAGCUGUCAGAUGGAAUUCGAGGAGGGCAUCUCAGAGACGCGGUCCCGAGAGGAACUGGGAAAGAUCGGGAAGCAGUCGAGCUUCUCCGGGAGCAUGGAGAUCAUCGAGGUAUCCUGACAGAUAAUGGACAUGAUCAGGGCUGUCCCUUGGGGACAAAAAUGGACCUGGUUAGAGGGAGUGCAAGAAGAGGAUAUAUGAGGGUUCCCCUCACAGACAGUGUUAAAGACUCCAACUGAGAAAAUAGCAGAGAGUUAAUGUGAAAAGGUUAGCAGGCGAACUAGCAUUCAUACCUGGACAGACAGAGCCUGAAAUGUGGUGCUGAGCAGACCAUAAGCAUCCUGAACUCUCACACAAAUCUGAAGAAAGGUCUUGAGGAGGCUGGGGUAACUAGGGUGACUGUAGGUACUGAAACUCUUCAUUUUUCUGAACUCUGUCAUGGAUAAAAAGAAAUGACCCAGGGUAAGUGUCAUGUUGCAUCCUUUAUAUGUAAACUACCCCUAAUUUGACAGAGUUCGGACACAAACUUCUUGCCUGUGGUCAAACGUAGUGUGCUUCAAUGGGUGUAUAGCUCGUGAUUUGAACCAAGACCCCUGUUUCGUCCUGAAGCUUCACCCCAGUAUCCGAAAAACGUCAGAACCUCGCACGGCUACAUUCAACCCCUUUCCCGGUGGCUCUGCUUGCUACAGACUCUGUGUUAACAGCAUCCACAACAAUAACAGACUCCUUAAUGGCAGUCACCUCACAUCACCACAGCACAAGGCAGAGAGAUCACACGGAUUCCCUCUCUCAAUACCAAGGACUUCAUAAUCGGUACUUCAUCCAAAAACAGUGAAGGAUCCUCAGCAUUUUUGCUGCGUUGAUAGAAAGACUUUGAAUUGAAGAUGGGCAGUGCCCCCAACCCUAAAGCACAGUGUGUAUUUCCUGACUUUGGCUCCCUUGUUUCCAGUGUUAACAACCUGAUGGGACUGAGGUUUCGGGAUAGUGAAAAGGGUUCGCUUUAUUGGCCCUUCGGCUCCUUAAUAGACUCCCCCAAGCCCCCUCUCACUGCUCCACCUAUGGUCACCACUGAGCAUGCACCCAAAAGGCUGACAACUGAAAGACAAAUACUAUAUAUACAAUAUGAAUAUAUAUAGCAAUUUUAAUGGACUUCUAAUGGACUUUUUUGUUCAGUUAUAGUUUUAAUUUAUUGUAUUGGUUCAUUCUGGUAAUGAGAAAUAAUAUAAUGUUUUGUGGAUUUAUUUCUUUUUUUUCUUUUGUUGAAUUAUCAUUAUUAUUAUUAUUAUUAUUAUUAUUAUUAUUUGCUGUAUGGUAUUUAUGAACACACACUCAUACAAAUACACACAUUCAACAAAUUCAAGCAAGCAAUGUGUGCUGUUCCUUCUUUGGGGAGAGUGAUGUAUGACUUUGAAAUGCACUUUUCUGCUUUCUGGUAACCAAGGUCAAUUACCAUCCACACUCAUGGCUGCACAAUACUCCCAAAAGCCAAGUCUUGAGUUUUAACAGUACAGAUAUAGAGCCUCUGUUUGGUGUUGUUGGAGGAUGGUACAGACAUCCCGCUAAUGAGAUCUUUAAGAACAGGUCUCUGUUUUGGCUCAUCUGCAGUGUGUAUUCAUGGUUUUAUCACAAUUGAAGGCUUAAGCAUUAACUAAAGAGACUGUUUUGUCCGAUUCUGUCCAGAGAAAGACAGAGUAGCCGAGCGCUCUAAUCACUCAUUUACAGUAAAAACAUUUUCUUCCAUUUUCAUGAGAGCUUGCAUAACAACAACUAUAUGCAAACAGACGCACGCUCUUUCACAAGUUUGAGAUUCAAAAGAAUCGCACCAAGUGUCCUCUCCGAGCCAGCACCAGUUUGUCAUUAUCAUAGUGCGUCCCAUCAAAGCUGAAACCAACACCCACACACACACCCUACACUGUAUGCACUUACACAUAUAUUCACACAUGCAAAGCAUACACACACCCUUUUGUUCAUUCUCAGGGGAUCUUUCAGUGAGCCAAGCCCGGCACAGGGUACACAGCUGCUGGUACAUCAGCACAAUGCAUGUCCGUAAAGCACCCUUGCUUUUUCUCUCUCAGUUUUUUUAUUGCUCUCAUUUCUUAUUUCCCAAAGCUUUGAUAAAAACGGCAUAGUAAAAUUGAAAUGAAAAAAAGUGGAUCUUCACAUCCUGACAUGAAAAACAUUGCUCUCCUGGUGCGAGAUGGUUAUUUAUUUAUAAUGUAAAAUGUGUUUUCCUUUGACCCUUGAUUAGCUUUUCUCUCUGGCGAACUCUGACCUUUGACCUUGUGCUGCUGCAGCUACAGUAAGUUCAGAUAGAUUCCUAUGUUCCCCCCUCGAGGCUCAAGCAACCUCUCCUCUCCCUCCUCAAUAUAUUUUUAAGAAAUGUUGUUAGAAUUAUUUAUGACAUGUAACAAAGAUGAUGCAGGCUGUCCCAUUUGCUAAAUCUGUUGUUAUUGAAUUAUUAUUAUUAUUAUUAUUAUUAUUAUUAUGUUGUGUAAAUAGCAACACAUCUAAGAAUACUGAUGAAUUUAGAUGAGUUUUUAAAAGAAAAUCCUGAUACCUUAGGCUGCUUGACGCAAAAAUACCUCAGGUUCUAUUGAAAGGCUUUUCCUUCCCCUGUACAUGUUUUGUGAAAAUGAGACAAAAAUACAGACAUGACAAAAUACAAAA